AAUCUGCCUCGUUUGCCAUCACUACCUGCCUGCCUCCUGCAGGRGGCGCUGCUAAUCACAAAUGUAAAAGUCAGUUCCAGCUAUUUCCGGUAACCGAGUAAACAAGAUGGCGUCAGGCAGUGGGUCGAGUAAGAACGACUUCCGUCGGAAAUGGGACAAAGACGAGUAYGAGUCUCUGGCUCAGAAACGUCUKGCGGAGGAGAGGGAGCUGGAGAAGAGGGAUGGGAAGAUUGCACCACCCRUCAAGCGGGAACUCCUGCGUCACCGGGACUACAAGGUGGACCUGGAGUCCAAGCUGGGGAAGACCAUCGUCAUCACCAAGACAACGCCUCAGGCCGAGAUGGGCGGGUACUACUGCAACGUCUGCGACUGUGURGUGAAGGACUCCAUCAACUUCCUGGAUCACAUCAACGGGAAGAAACGUGAGUCCUCAAACCAACAGCUGUUACCAUAGAAACGCUGUGUUUUGGUUUAGUGUGAGUCCAUCAGCUGAGCUGGCUGAGUCAGACUCGUCUCUCUAGUCUGGGCUUGAGUCUUGUAGCCAUAGCAACCGGUUGAUAAGUGCUAGCCGCUCUUAGCUGAAAGAGCAGCCAUUUUGUUUAUGACAGUAGAGAUGAUCGUCACCAUAAAAAAUAUUAUAAAUUCAGAAAUAUGAUUAAAUAAAGUAUCUGGUAGUUUCGUGACAUAAAUCAAACUUUUUUCAGCGUGUUUAUGUGCAUGUGGCGUCCUGAAGACGUUUAUUUAAAAUGGAAACGUUUUAAGAUCAGCAGUUUACUAAAAAGGGAGUUAUAGGUUUUAUCAUCAUUUUCAUAGUUGUCACAACACUACUACAAAAUAUUAAGAUCACAUUCUAAGUCCAUGUUGCCAAUGCCUUGGUGGACACCCUUGUUUAGGAUUAGAGGUCAAAUUUGGAGGUAGGACAUGA